AUGGCGACCGUGGCAGUAAAUGCGGUGUCGGUGAUGGUGAUGGGGCACGGGAUGAGCUUGCUGCAGGCGGGGGCGACGCGGGGCGUAGACGGACGCGUGGAGCUCCACUGCUACUCCUGCUGCUGCCGCGUUGCCCCGACGUUUGGGAUCCUGAUGCGCGCUCGGCUAGCGAGGUCGUGGAAUUGCUUCCCAUGGCAUGCUGUAAAUACACGUCGUCGCCUUGGGCACCAGAUGACUAUAAUCGGCGAUACAGGCGAUCUGCGGGGGGAUGGUGAAUGGGAUACGGUCGACCUGGAAGGCGAAGAUGAGGGCGAGGACACUACCGCAGGCGGCAUGGUCAUGAGGGAGUAG